AUGACAGUUCCCCAAUCGGGAAAUUCUUCUGAUCAUCAGACUUCCCAUUUAAAAUCGAAUACCACAACUCUUCAUUCAUGCCUCCAAUAUCUUUCUGAUAAAGCCACCGAUGAAUGGCGUGAGCACAAUUGCCCAGUUGAUGUUAAGUCACUUGGAAAGGCAAGCUGGACACUACUUCAUACAACAGCAGCAUAUUAUCCCGAUAGACCCGCACCGUCUCAAAUGGAUACCAUGCGCACAUUUAUCAACACUUUCGCAGAAAACUAUCCAUGCUGGCACUGCAGAGAAGACUUUCAAAGAUCCAUAAAAGAAUCCCCUGUUAGGGUGGGCAGUCGCAAAAAAUUAAGUGAAUGGCUUUGUCAGCGCCACAAUGAAGUCAAUGUAAAGUUAGGCAAAGAAACGUUUGAUUGCACGAAAGUAUUCGAGCGUUGGUUGGAUGGUCCAGCAGACGGACGAUGCGAUGCACCAAAAAAAAAAGCCUAG